AUGUCAGAAGAAGAUAACAAUAACCUAGCCAUCCAAAUAGCCAAUCUCCUCAAAAAUGGAGUUCAAAUUCAAACCCAGAUUCCAAAACCAAAUCCCUCUGAUAGCCUAAAAAUUAGCCUCAAUCUUACUAGCCAAAACUACCCUCUAUGGGCUCGGAUGAUACGAGUCGCCAUAGGGGGGAAAUCGAAAACUCUUUUAAACCAUCUCACCCAAAACUCGCCAGAACCCAGUGAUGAUCAGUGGGAACAAGAUGAUUUGAUCGUUUUUUCAUGGCACAUCCAAAAUAUCGAGCCGGUCCUUGCUAGUAACUUAACAGAGUUCCCGACAGCGAAAACGGUAUGGGAUGCUCUUACGGUUACGUAUAGCAGCGGCAAGGACAAACUUCAGACUUUUGAUCUCCACGUCAAAGCAAACGAGUUCAAACAAAAUGGCGUACCGUUAGAAGAAUUUUGGAUCGUGAUGCAGGGUAUCUGGGGAGAAAUUGAACGGCGAGAUCCAAACCCGAUGACGUAUUCUACCGACAUUGCCACUUACAACAAAGUCAGGUCAGAAAACAAAUUGUUUCAAUUUCUCAAUGCCCUUGAUCGAAAGUAUGAUUCCCUUAAAAGAGAGAUCCUCCGGUGGGACCCCUUGCCGUCUGCUGAAGCCGCCUAUGCUGCUGUCCAAAAAGAAACAUCACAUCAAAGUAUUUUCGGGAACAUACAACAAGGGGUGGCGUCGGGUCUGAACUCAACAGGUGAUUCCGAUGGGUUAGGGCUUGUUUCCAAAGGUCGCCGGUCAGACCAUAAAUCCAAUCCGUCAUCAUCCCGGGUUGAUAAAAGCAGAUUGAAAUGCGAGCAUUGUGGCAUGACCAAGCAUACGAAAGAACAGUGUUUCAAACUCGUGGGAUACCCGGAAUGGUGGGCCGACAGACACAAAAAAGGGAGAGAUGGCAAAGCCGCAGUCGCCGUUGGCAAUCAAGGGACCACCAGCAGCGGCGACCACUCAAAACCCGCCGGAAAUCAAGAGAGCACCAAAAAAGGAAACCAUGGAGGGAAUUGUUGUUUUGCGGCAAUUAAAGAAGAAGAACUAGGGGGCAUCGCAUGUAUAGGGUUUGAGAAUUACACCUCAAACCCUUCACUCUCUCAACAUUUUCAUUCACAACCCUAUAGUUCCAAUAUGACAGUCAGGUCAACAAAUUCUUUUAACGUUGAGGAAGUUAACAUGGCAACAAAAAAUAAAAAAAAUAAUAAAGACUCAUGGAUAUUUGAUUGUGGUGCUACUGAUACAAUGACUUUUGAAAUUUCUGACAUGUGCUCAAUGUCAAAACCACAAAAAUCAAGAAUUCAUACUGCAAAUGGAGAAGUUCUCCAAGUCAAAGGAGGAGGGACCAUUCAAAUUUCACCAAACAUGAAAUUAAAAAAUUGUCUCUAUGUUCCAUCCUUAUCUCAUAAAUUGCUAUCGAUCAGUCAUGUUACCAAAGAAUUAAAUUGUGUUGUUCUAAUGCAUCCAACCUUCUGUAUCUUACAGGACAUCAGGACGGGGAAGAUCAUUGGGUGUGGUACUGAGCAACAAGGACUAUACUAUGUGGAUGAAGUGACUCGACAAGGUACUGUAAUGCUAGCUCAUGGAUCUACAGAUAGGGAGGCUUGGUUAUGGCACCGAAGAUUGGGACACUCAUCCAGUGGAUACUUGCAUCAUUUAUUUCCUGAAUUAUUCCCAACAAAUAAAGUCUUAAAUUGUGAGACAUGUUUUUUGGCUAAGAGUCAUAGACACACUUACAAAUCAAAUGAUACUAAGGUUGAUUUUCCUUUUUUUGUUGAUUCAUUCGGAUGUGUGGAGGCCAUCAAAAGUUGA